CGGCUGUAAACAAAUCCAGCAACAACAUCGGGGACGAACGCAUCAUUAAAUCCUCACUGUGGACUUUCGUGCUAAACAGCUAAUCAGCUGAUCAUGGAUUUGAAUUGGGGCUUGAAGGAAGAAGACUUUGAAGAGGAUAUUCAUCCAAGACAGGAAAUAAAAAGGGAAGAAGACCAUCAUGACAUCAAACAGGAAGACUCUACAGCAGAGAUCUCCAUAACAUUAGAAGAGGAGGAGGAGAUGAAGUGGGAGGAUGAGGAGGAGGAUGAGGGGGAUGGAGGAAUGUGGACUUCUAGGGACAGCGCAGAGGAACCUCACCAACAUGUCUCUACUCGUACAAGGGGUCUACAAAGGAUACCGUCAAACAAAAUGCGCAAAACUUUAGAGAAAAGAAGAGGACAACUGUCUUAUGAUUAUUCUGAGUAUGGAAGGAUUUUUAUUGAAAUGCAACCUAUCAAAGCACACCAGAGAACGGUCAAACCUUUCAAGUGCAUGAAGUGUUGGACACCGUUUAAAUAUAAAUGUAAUUUAUUGGUACAUCAAAAAACUCACAUUUUGAAGAAGCCUUUUAAGUCUAUAACAAGUAGAAAGGCCAUUGGAGCACAUAGUUUCAAGCCAUGUCAGUGCACUACAUGUGAAAAGUCAUUCGCAUGCAGAUGGACCCACAAAAUUCACCAGAGAAUUCAUACUGUAGAAAAACCUUAUCAGUGUAGCAUUUGUGGAAAAGCCUUUGUAGCCAAACUUGAUCUCCAAAAGCAUCAGCGAACCCAUACUAGAGAAAGGUCUUACCAGUGUAGCUGUGAGAAGGACUUUGCAGACCGGUCUAAUUUUAGAAGGCAUCAGAGAACCCAUACUGGAGAGAAGUCUUACCAGUGUAGCAUAUGUGAGAAGGACUUUGCAGACCCGUCUAAUUUUAGAAGACAUCAGAAAACUCAUACUGGAAUAAAACCUCACCAGUGUAGUACAUGCGGAAAGAACUUUGCCUUCAUAUCGUAUCUCAAAAUUCACCAGAGAUUUCACUCUGGAGAAAAGCCUUACCAGUGUAGCAUAUGUGGAAAAGCCUUUGCAACCAUACUUGGUCUCCAAAAGCAUCAACGAACCCAUACUGGAGAGAGGCCUUACCAGUGUAGCAUAUGUGAGAAGGACUUUGCAGACCUGUCUCAUUUUAGAAGGCAUCAGAGAAUUCAUACUGGAUUAAAACCUCACCAGUGUAGUACAUGCGGAAAGAACUUCGCACUCAUAUCGUAUCUCAAAAUUCAUCAGAGAACUCAUACUAGAGAAAAGCGAUAUCCUUGUACUUACCAGUGCAGGACAUGUGAAAACUCCUUUUUACACAAAAGCCAGCUAGACUGCCAUCAGAGAACCCAUCCAGGGGAAAAACCAUACCAGUGUAGCAUAUGCGAAAAAGGCUUUACACAGUCAAGAUACGUAAAGGAUCAUAUGAUAACUCAUUCUGGAGAAAAGCCUUACCAGUGUAGCACAUGUGGAAAGAGCUUUGCACGUAAAUGUUCUCUCACAAUUCACCAGACAACUCAUACUAGAGAAAAUCAGUGCAGCAUAUGUGGAAAGGCCUUUGGCCGAAUGGUUGACCUCAGUCGCCAUAAGAUAGUCAAUUCUGGGGAAAAACCAUAUCCGUGUAAUACAUGUGGAAAGAGCUAUAGCCAAAAAACUCAUCUCAAAGUUCACCAGAGAACUCAUACUGGAGAAAAGCCUUACCAGUGCACCACAUGUGGAGAGGGCUUUGCAUUCAGGCAUGCUUUAAAUCUUCACCAGAGAACCCAUCUGGAAGCCCAUGCAAAGGAAAUGUCCUAUCAUACUGGAGGAAAACCUUUCCAAUGUACUACAUGUGGAAAUGCCUUUGUUAACAAAAGUCAGCUCAACAUUCACCAGAGAACCCAUACUGGAGAAAAGCCUUACCAAUGUAGCAUAUGUGGAAAGGCCUUUGUUACCAAAGCUCAUCUCAAAAUUCACCAGAGAACUCAUACUGGAGAAAAACGUUACCUUUGCACCACAUGUGGAAAGGCCUUUGCACAGUUGGGUCACUUCAAAGAUCACCAGAUUCUCCAUACUGGGCAAAAACCUUACCAGUGUACCACAUGUGGAUUGGCCUUUGCAGUCAAAAGUUAUCUGAAACGGCAUCAGAAAAGCAGGCAUGUGCAGAGAAGAGAUGCUACGGUGACUGCAGCUGUUUGA